GAGAGACAGAGGAGGGGAGGACGAGGCUCUCGGCGUCAGAUCUCAACUCGGGAGCCCCCCCGGUCGGUGCUCAUGCGCGUGCAGUCUUGAGAACGAGGAGAAGGGCGAGCCCCCCAGCGACACGAGCCCACAGGGGGAAGCGAGACGCCGGGCCACGCGUGUUCAUUAAGCAGCCAUGGCCGAGGGCCAGGGGGGGCUCGAGUGCGGCGUGUGAUGAUCGACAGCGGCGGCGGCGGCGGCGGCGGCGGCUGCGGCGGCGGCGGCGGCGGCGACUGAGUCAGCAUGCAUCGGAUCGCCCCGCGGCGGCGCAAGCUCCGGGCGCUGUGGGCUUCGCUGGCGCUGCUGGCUCUGUCCGUGGCCGCCUGCAGCGCACUCUUCACGGCGUGGACCUGGCGCCAGACGCGGGACCUGUCCCAGUCCUUCCACAUUCUCCAGGAGCGCCUCGAGCAGGUCAACACGCAGAGGAAGGCCAUUGUGCAGCUCAUUCUGGAGAAGAGAGAGCUGCUCGUCGGCCAGCGAGUGAAGCGAGACGGGGGGACGCUGCGCGGGAAGCACGGAAACGGCAAGAAAGCGGCGUCUCAUUUCGAGAUCACUAAAGUCUCCUCUCAGCAAGUGGGAGAAGGAGGCGUGAUCAAGGGCUGGGAGGAGCGCGUGCUGAACAUGAGCAAAGCGGUGAGCUACAACAAGGAGGAAGGCACCUUCAUCGUGGAGAAGCCGGGCGUCUACUUCCUCUUUUGUCAGGUCCUGUUCAACGAGCAGGAGUCCCAGUACGUCAAGCUGGACGUGGUGACGGGCGGCCAGAGGCCUCAGAAGCUGCAGUGCAUGGAGGGCUACGGGACCACCCCGUCGGCCGGGCCGCACCCCUCGCACUUCCUGAAGCCGUGCCAGGUUUCGGGCCUCCUGCGCCUGGACAAGGGCACCGAGCUGCACACCGUCACGGGCCCGUCCUUCCGGCUGCACACGGUGGGCAACCCGUCGGCCUCGCCUCACGUCUUCAGCAUCUUCAAAGUCAACUGACGUUUCCCCGGGAAGCGGACGGCGGUCCCUCAAGACUUCCCGAGGGCUCGGUUUUUGGGGAAAGCGGACAUUUUGCGGACGCUGUUCUGCCGGCGACGCCGAUGGGAACUGGAAGCCGGAUCGUGCCGUAAACCGAGCGCCUGUGUUUGGACACUUCACAGAGUACAAACUGGGAAAAUGUUUGACAUCGUACAGAUGUGAAUUUCUUUUUUUUACUCUUUUUCUAACAUCAAAUUGGACUGUUUAAUCUUUUUUUUUUUUGGGGGGGGGGGGGGGGAGGAGGGGAAUAGUCACUUCUUUCUUUUUGUUGCUAUUUUUGUCUGUCAAGUGCUAUCAAUCAAACCGCAAGUAAUUGUUUUGCUCAUCAAGUGGAACAAAAGGGAAAGGAACAUCAAUGCAACUUUUGACAUUUCCUUUGGGCCAUUAAAACAUGAAAAACACUGUGUUCCAAAACAUUAAGCAGAUGCAGUUCUGGCAUUUUUACUAAAUAAACUCAAUAGGGUUGAGGUCAGGGGUUCAGUUUUUUUUCUCCCUUUAUGCCCAAAACACAAAUGAGGCAUGAACUUAAAUCUUACAUGCAUAGAAUAGUUAUGAAUUAAUGUUUGGAAUUGAAAAAAAGUUGUCUUUCCAGAAUAAAAUAUUUUUUUCCAAGGAAAAACAAUUCUUAAUCCGACGAGGAUUAAAUCAGAUUUUUUUAAAUAGUAUUUUUCAGAUAAGAAAGUAAUCCAUUUAUGAGAAUAAAGGCAGAUUUUUCAGAAAAAAGUCAGUUUUACAAGAAGUCAGAUUUCACACAAAAAUCUUAUGAUUGUCAGUUUUAUUUUGAGAAAAACUACUUUUUUUUCCAAGGGAAAAAAAAUGAGCAAUUUUACAACAGUUGUGUUUCACCCAAAAAAUAAAUCAUAAUUGAGAAAAUGUCUUAAUCUUAAAAGUAUUUUUCCAGAAAAAAAAGUUUAAUGAGAAUGAAGUCUUUUUAAAAAAAAAAAAAAAAAAAAAGUCACAUUUAUGAAAAUAAUGUUUCGAGAAAAAAAUUAUCUUCACUGUCCAUUUUCCUAAAUCCUAUAUGCAUAAUAAUUUGGAACACAGUGUAAAUAUGAACCCAUCAUAACCCCCAAAAAGGAACAUUCCAAUCAUGUUUUCCAUGGCGAGUACGUUAAUGGAGAAUAAUCCGCUAGCAAGCUAGCGUACGACCUCGAGAGGGCCGCCGUUUCUCUUGCGCAACCCAAACAAGCGUGUUAUUUCCAGCCGUGGUUUUCCUUUGUUUAUAAGUAGUUUUUGUGGCCUCGCCGCAUCGCUCUGCCCAGGGCACUUUGGGAUCCGUGCCGCGCGGCCCAAACGUUCCCAACAUGUUGCAAAAAGGAACAUGUCACCAUUUUUAUUCUCUUUUCAUUUCCUCGGCGUCCUCCUCGGGACAUUUUCGAGUAAGCCCCCCGCCGGCCCCCUCAUAUUUCCCCCCAGUCAGCACACGCACUCGCACUAAAGCCGCCAUCUCCAUUUUCACUUCCUCAAUGUGAAGUUGGAACAUCUACAUUGCCACACAGGCAUGCAAGCGCACCCACACUUCCUUGCUCUUAUUCCUAUUUUGAUAAAUGUCAAAGUUGACGCACGGAUACCUUGGGAGGAAGCGUAUGCAAAAGCCUGGAUGCUUUGCGUUAGGGGGACGCUAAAUAAAAACAAAUAAAUAAAUAAUAAUUAAAAAAAAAAGUUGAAUGCAGUAUAUUGGUCAUUUUGGGAAUGCAAAACACAAAGCAGGCAGGAAAACAAAAACAAAAAACAUACCGAUAAAUACAUUGUGAUAUUAAUACUGUACACAGGCUAUACAGGUAAGAGAUCUUUCAUAGACAAGCUAAAAGGUCAAAUGUGGAUGCAAAAUAUUUUAUUUUAAUAAUAAAAUUUCAUUUUCAUUUUUAAAUUGUAUUUCUAAUUCAUUCACUUGUGAUUAUUUAACCUAUUAUAGUGAUGUUUUUGCGGGGAUGUAUGUAUAAAUUUCAUUCACAAUAUCCAUCCAUCCGUGUUCCGUACUGCUUCUCCUCACGCGGGUCGCGGGCUUGCUGGGGCCGAUGCCAGCAAUAAUAAUGAAAGACAUGCGUGAACAAAUCAAUAAUUUUACUAAUUAACCAAUUUCAGGAAAUGGCUAUAUUCAUAGGACACAUUUCAAAUUUAUUUUAAUAAAUUUUUUUAAUGUUGUCAUUAUAGGGUGUUGUGUGUAGAAUUUUAAGGAUUAAAAUGAAUUGAAUCCAUUUUUUAAACUGAGGCUGUAACAUAACAGAAUGUGGAAUAAUUGAA